AUGACGACGACCGGCAGUUCAACGUUACGAGACGAACGUUGGUUACAAAAGACUCCAUGUUCUUUCCAGUCAUUAACCUAUCAGGCUAUAGGAAUAUUUGAGUCAAAGGAAAUAUUUGGUUCGAAAUCGAUGAACGCUCUCAAAGCAAUGUACACCAAAUGCAUGAACAAGGAGGAAUUGAACGCCAUUGGCUCCACACAACUAAUCGAGAGCAUCAAGAUUGACCAAGGUGACCUCGGACUGGGAGACUCCACGCGCGAUUACUAUUUGGACAAGGAAAAACAUGGGAAAAAGAUCUCCGCGUACAGGCAGCUGCUUAUCAAUACGAUGGCAUUUUUUCUCGAAGAAUCCAACCUGCCUAAGAAUGAAACAAAAAUAGAACAAGAUGUUGACAAAAUCAUCGAUCUUGAGACAAAAUUAGCAAAAAUUCUUGUUCCGGACGAAGAUCGAACAAACUAUAGCGAGUUAUGUAACCUUCGCCGACUGAACGAUCUGCAAAAGCUGAUGCCCCUGGUGAACUGGACACGGUAUUUUCAUUCUGUCGCCCCCUAUGUUGUCCACGACUAUCUCGGUUCAAAUCCGGAAAUCCUCAUCAUGGAAAUUAAUUUCAUGAGAAGAAUCACAAAUCUCUUGCAAUCGACGGAUCCUCGAAUUAUAACCAAUUACAUCUACAUGCGCUAUUCAUCAGCCUGGACCGGAGAGCUAGGAGAGCGUUACGAAUAUAUUGAUCAGUGCGUCUUCAAUUCAUCCGAGACGGAUGAGUUUAUGGAAAUAUUGAUCAAAUUCUCGAGAUACGCAGCAAAUUCGGUUCAGACGGAGCGUCUCAACUGA